GUGAAUUGAAAUAUUCUUUGUAAUAAAAUAACCUAUCUAUAUAAAUUGGUGCUAAAUUUGUGAUUAAUUUAUUGUUUAGAUAAGGAAGGAAAUACAAAACGGUCAAAAUGAGCUUCCUAUUUGGUAGUCGCUCAAACAAAACUUUCAAACCAAAGAAGAAUAUUCCUGAGGGCACCCAUCAGUACGAUUUGAUGAGGCACGCAGCAGCCACACUUGGUUCCGGGAACUUGCGCCUCGCUGUUAUGUUACCCGAAGGGGAGGACCUCAAUGAGUGGGUUGCCGUGAACACUGUGGAUUUCUUCAAUCAGAUCAACAUGUUAUAUGGGACCAUAACAGAAUUCUGCACAGAGGAGUCAUGUGCUGUCAUGUCUGCCGGACCAAAAUAUGAAUACCAUUGGGCUGACGGACACACAGUGAAGAAACCUAUCAAGUGUUCAGCCCCAAAGUAUAUAGAUUAUUUGAUGACGUGGGCACAGGAUCAGCUUGAUGACGAAACUCUGUUCCCUUCGAAAAUUGGUGUGCCAUUCCCGAAGAGUUUCCUACUGAUGGCAAAAACUAUAUUGAAGCGUUUGUUCCGCGUGUACGCGCACAUCUACCACCAGCACUUCCCGGAGGUGGUCCAGCUGGGGGAAGAGGCUCACCUCAAUACGUCAUUCAAACAUUUUAUAUUCUUUGUACAGGAGUUUAAUCUGAUCGAGCGCAAAGAGUUAGCGCCCUUACAGGAGCUCAUCGACAAACUGACAGCGAAGGACGCGCGAUGAGCGUCGCCCGCCAUCCAACACACCCGGCCUAACCUACUCAGGUUGUAAAGAUAUUUUUGUACUAUCUAGUCGGCCUUGAUAAUAAUAUUGACAACACACAGAUCUGUAAAUCAAUUUUUUUUUUAUAUUAGUGUGUGAUAUAUUCAUAAUUUUUAAGCAUAAACUAAUGAAGUAUUUUUUUUGUCAUCGGCCGAUAAUUUAAGUUAUUCUUAAAUUUAAUUAUAAUGUAGUUUGAUUUUAAUUAUUAGUCUUAUUGUAUGUAAGCUCCAACAGAUUCAAGUUAUAUAUUUGACCCUCCGGAGAGACCUCCGGUCCAGAGAUACUGUCAGCCCACGAAACAAAUUUAACUUUUCUAAUAGCACUAUCAUUGAAUCAAUGUAAAUAUUUUUAUAAUUUAUUUUCUAAUUAACAUACUGAAUCUUCGGAAUAAACAAAAAAAUUGAGAUCUGUCGUUGUGCAUGCAUCACACAGAAACUUCUAUGUACAGAUAUCAAACGCUUAGUGCUUAUUUAGAAAACAAAAAAACGAAUUCAUUUAUUUAUUUAUUUUAUUUAAUAUAUUUUGUACGCACAGCUGUUAGAAAAAACACGACAAUAAGGAAACAGAGUACAAGGGCAUUCAAUUAAAUUUAUUAAAGUUUUUAGAAACGGUGCUCUCGCGGCUGUCCUGAAUAGAUGGCGUUCGUAGCUUUCUGAAUCGCGCUGUGCUUAUGUUUUAAUAAAUGAGGCCGUCAGCUCAGAAGUGGCCUAAGCUGUUAGUAUGGCGGCAAUUAGGUUUGAAUUUUCAUGAAUUUGAAUUUGAGUAGGCAUAAAAACAAUACACGCAAAAUUAAUGUUUAAAAAGCUAUCUGUU